AUGGAGAGUUGCUACCGUCCUACGCAAAAAAUGUCUGAUUCACUGGUGACGAAUGAUUUCACACGAUCACUGAUCUGUGGUUUAUGCAUGAAAAAGUCUGCAUAUGUUUGUCCUCGUUGUGGAAUUAAUUACUGUUCUUUAAAUUGUUAUCGUGAUGAAAGGCACAAGAAUUGUUCAGAAUCAUUUUAUCAAGAUUGUUGUAUUCAGUCGCUACGGUCUACUUUCGCCAGUCAAUCAGAAAGAUCAAGUAUGACAGAGAUAUUAAAGCGUGAAUCAUCUGCUAUGUCUGAGAUUCCUCAUCUGACAGACGUGGACACCAAAGGAAAUAAUAAUGAACAGAUUAGUGAUGAAGAUGAUGAAAGUGACGAUGGUGAUGAUGAUGAUGAUGACGAUAUUCAAAGUCGGUUUAAAGAUUUAAAUUUAAACAAUGAUGAUAUUAGCGCUGAAGUGAUUUGGUCACGUUUAACAUUGAAAGAGAAACGUGAUUUCAAUCGAUUUAUUGAAUCAAGUAAUAUAGUUCAUUUUAUUCCAACAUGGACUCCAUGGUGGUUGGAGAAGCGACCAGUUGUGACAGAGGUCAGUCAACAGAAGAAUGCUGCAGUCAACAACAACAACAAGUCAACAUUAACUUCCAAAAAAUCGUUAGAUCAACUUUUACCCUCGGGAAUAUCACCACAUCAAUCAGUGGGAUUUGUUUUAGCUGACGUGUUACUAGGCUAUGCCUUCAUUAUGAGAUUUUACAAUGGUGAUUGUGCGCAACUGAUUGACGAUGCAGUCAAUAUUCUGUGUAAUAUCAUCAAAUCAUUUACUCCAAUUUCACAAUCGAAACGUCAAACACCUUCAGCGCAUCCAUGUAAUGAUGAUAGUGUAGAAGAAGAGCAAUGGAAUAAAAAAACUAGAAUAAUUAAAAAACCACAGGCAAAUUCUUCAAAUAGUAUUAUAGCAUACAAUUGUAUCAGUGAUGUACUCAGUACAAUCCAGUAUAAACUUAUGGAGUCGAGUUUACCCUGUCAUCCUUCAAUUAUGAUAAUUUUACUUGAAGAUAUUAGUCAUAUCCUUGGCAAUAUUGCGCAUUGUAAACGUGCUUUACAAGAAUUACACACAUUGGUGUUAAAUUUUCGGAAAAUGUUACGUGAAAAUUCAGCUAGCGCGACAGAAAGUAUCCUAAGCAGAGUGAAUACCGCUCAUCGUAAAUUAGUUUUUCUACAGGCUUGCCUUGAUGAAAAGAAUCAGGUGGCUAGACGUUGGCAGACACUUGUUCUCCCGAAACUUUGGAGUGAAAUAUCCACGGAAUUAAUACAACGCAUACAUGAGGCGAAAGAUUUCAGCGAUGCUAGUAAACAGGAUGUAGUAAAUCAGCUGGUCCAAAUUGGCGUAAUAUGAUCCGAAAUAGCAAUAGCUGUGAUAAUAAUAAUAAUACUGAUCGUGUACUGAUUGAGCCGGUUAAUACUGACAGUUGAUUGUGUUUGUGAUUAUUUUCUAC